AUGGUAGUGAAAGUAGCUUCGACCUGUUUGCAAUGGUCGCAGCCCAUUGUUCCACACUCUCCCCCUUCCUCUCAAUCUCUAGCAUCCGCAAUAGCAUCUCCUUCCUCAAAACGACGUACCCGUGGCGGCGACGGCGGAGCUGUUCUAUGCCUCUACGUCCACAGCUUGAAUCGGUCGGCUCUGUUCGGAGCUCCAUCGACGAAGCUAAACCGAUCCAGGUCAUGCGAGUUACCGAAGCCGAGAUUUCGGUCCAUGAAAAGAGCUUGCAGUGCGAACUUGGACGCCUUCUCCGAUGAAGAGUUCUCGAAGAAGAUUCAAGAGCUCGCUCUCAGAUUCCAGCUCUCGGACGAUUUUGACGGUGAAGAUAACGGUGACGGUAACACCGCGAAUUCGGAAACAGAGACAGCUGAUUCUGAUAGUCGCCGCGUGAAUGACUCUUCUUCAACAAUGAGAUUUGAACAGAACCAGAGCCUGUUCGAGUUGCCGCUCGAUCUGGAGCUACCGUGGUCGUUCGAUUGGCAGCAGCGGGACGAGAUUGUUCCGGAGGCGAGCAUCGAGCGGAAGGCGAACAGCGUUGACCUUCCGCUCUCUCUCCGAAUGAUCAAGAGAAAGCUACAGUGGCAGGAAGGGUUCAGAGAAGCAGGGGAAUCCGCGUGUUCCUCUGUGAAAAAGGCCUUCUCUUCCAUGGUGUUCAUAAUCCGAGAGCUCCAUACGUACACCUUACAGAUGAGAGAGCUUCUCUUCUACGAAGAUUUACAGGGGAUUUUGGGUCGUGUUCAGAAGGAGAUGCACGCUUCGUUCGUUUGGCUUUUUCAACAGGUCUUCUCUCAAACGCCGACGCUAAUGGUGUACGUGAUGAUCCUCCUGGCCAAUUUCACCGUCUACUCAUUAGGCCACAACGCCGCCAUUGCGGCUGCUCCGCCACCUGGGAUAUAUUCCAGUGCAACUGAGACUACUAUAUCAGUGGAGGAGGUUCAGAAUCACAACGAUAAAUUGGAUAAUACCCAAUUUGAUUCCUCGACAAGUAAGUCGUUUUCUGUGAAUGGGAAAACGACAUCCGUAGGCGGAAACAAUGGCGGUGGUGGGAAAGCCCGACCCGUGGGCAGCGGCACGGAAGGAGACGGCCGGUUCGACGGGACGGACCAAUACCGGACAAUUGUCCCCGACGGAGCUUCUCAGUUGUCCUCACUUGGGACGACGACAGAGGCAGAGUCGGUGUCCGGGCAAGAGAGCAGAGAGGAGGAGUUGGCUGUGUGGAAUUCGAUAGUGGAAGAAGCUCAUGAAAUGCGAGGCAACCAUGAAGCUCUGAACCAUGAAACGAUGGAGAGAUUUGUUUCGCCGGUGGUGGCGAGUAUGGAGGGUGAUGAUUACGAGGAGUACUUCAGAACAGAGCUUCUCUACCAAACGGGACUAUCCAUAGAGCCCAGCAAUGCUCUGCUUCUUGCCAAUUACGCUCAGUUCCUCUACCAAGUUGCUCGUGAUUAUGAUAGAGCUGAAGAGUACUUCAAGAAGGCAGUAGGGCUGGAGUCACCGGACGCGGAGGCCUACAACAAAUACGCGACGUUUCUGUGGAGGGUUCGAAACGACUUGUGGGCUGCAGAAGAAACCUUCUUGGAAGCUAUUUCAGCUGACCCAAGCAACUCAUACUACGCUGCCAACUAUGCCCAUUUUCUCUGGGACACCGGCGCUGAGGACACGUGUUUCCCUCUCAACUCUCCUGAUGAUGCCACCCAAGAUGCUUAG